CUAGCUCUAUAUAUUAUUGUGUAUUCGCCGAUCAUUCAUUCAUCCAGCCGCGCACACACUACGUAUAUAGUGGCGACCGCAUUGCAGCCGCAGCAGUCAUCGCGCCAACACCAUCGCCAACGUCCAGAACCACAUGCAGCUCGCACUACAGCGCGACACAUCGCACUAUACUCAAUCGCUGCUGCGUCAAGUCGCUGGCAUACGAUCUGCACGCUGCAUGUUCCGGCAUCGUCGACACUUUUGUGCACGCGCAUACACACACCUGCAGGCCGCUGUGGCACCGUACAAAAUAUACGGCCGGCGCACUCCGCUCUAUCACGUCAAUACAAAGCUUUGCACGCGAAGAACGGUCGAUAGCGCUGCGCACGACUAGUUCGAGCGUAACGGAAGGCAACGACGGCGGCGCGUCCACGCGUUGCGGAAGCAGCAGCAGCAGCCGCUGUACAGAUAUAUAUUAUAAUACCAUUCGAGCGGUACGGCGUGUACGCAGCGAAAGCAUCAGGACGUGCGUGAGACGAGAGACAGCACUACCGACUGCAGUGACGUUUGCGACGAGUAAUCGCGGACCCCGGUGCAAAUUCAGCGGCAUCAACCGUUAUUUAAGCGUACCAGAGGUAUACCUAAAGGUAGUGACCGCAACAGCAUACUACUGAGUAGCCCCAGUCACCGUGAACCCAGCACAUCACUGAACUCACCACAUCAGUUGUCGCCGACCAUAAACAGCACUACCACCAACCAAAAUUCCCAACGUCAAUCCAGGAAAAGAAGUGAGACAAUUCCUGUCUGCAAAAUAAAAUCUUACAAAAGGAGUAAAAUCUCUAUUGACCAGAUAUCAGUUUCGAUAAUCUUAUGAACGAUUUGAAAGUUUCAUUUGAUAUCACUCGUACGAUCAUCAGUAAUCAUAGACGUUUAAUCGAAUCACAAUUUAAUCAAAUAACUCAACAGUGUGAAAAAUUGAGAAUCAACUUGAACGAUUCUUAAUCAAUUUUGAGCCAAUCACCAUAACAUACCACCAUAACAUAUCAGCAGACCACUCUAAUCACCAAGGCUAACCAAACCAACUACUAAAGUUUCGUCGCUGGAUAACCCAGCCACGGAUAAAUCAAAAUGGAUAACCCGGCAGCAGUGUUGUCAGAUGACGUGGAGGAUUGGAGUCCACGGGCGCCAUCGACGGGCAGCAAUCAACCCCAGACACAGCUCCGGUUAAGCGGGGGUUCUGAUGGCAUAUACAGUACCAAUAUCUCCAAUAAUUCAUCACAGACACAAUCACCAACAUCCCAUCAGAAACAACAAUGUCAACAACCAACACCACAACAACAGUACAAGCGCAAUGCGUCCACUUAUUCAAUAGACAUUCCAGCAACCCUUGGACUGAUGGUGACGAACACCAACCCUGCCGCCAACGGAGGAUCAACUACAUCGUCUACUAUGAAGCUGACCGAGUACUCGAGCAGCGGAAGCAACAGCAGCAAUAGUGGAAGCGUCGGCGACGGAACCGCGACGGCCACAUCGUACAUCAUAUCCGGUGGAAACGGCGAAAAGGCCGAUGGCAACGGAAUGGUCGGUGGACGACGCCGCAAAGGCGGAAAGAAGCAGCCCCGUUACGACCCGUUCCAGAUGCGGGACAAGUCUAAGGCGACCACUGACAGCGGCGCCUUAUUACAUCUAAUCAAGAGCAGCCUCGGAAGUGGUAUCCUUGCCAUGCCAAACGCGUUCAAAAACGGUGGGCUCAUCUUCGGACUUGUCGGCACGGCAGCAAUCGGAGCGCUUUGCACGCAUUGCAUAUACCUUCUGGUGCUGUGUUCGCAAGCGCUAGCCCGCCGCACUCGCCGCCCGGCCCUCGGCUUUGCCGACACCGCCGCAGCCGCGUUCAGCACUGGUCCGCGCCGAUUCCGUGCCUGGGCCCCGUUCGCCAGAGAGUUUGUCAACGCCGCCUUGUUCUGCACAUAUUAUUUUGGUAACACCGUAUACGUAGUGCUCGUCGCCGCUUCCUUCAAGCAGGUGGCUGACACGCACACUCCGCCGGAAUGGCACAUGCCCGUCCGCGCCUGGAUCCUCGGCCUGGCCAUUCCACUGGUGCCACUCGGCAUCGUCCGUUCGCUCCGACUGCUGGUCCCGUUCUCAGCCAUAGCCACCGCGUUCAUACUGGUCGGCUUGGGAUGUACCAUGUCGUGGGUGGUGACCGGCGUCAGCCUGUUCGCCGACGAGAGUGCCCUGACGGCGGCCGUACCACUGCCGGACAUAGGAUCCCGUCCGUGGAUCGCCCCCGUAGGCCACAUGCCUCUGUUCUUCGCCACCGUCCUGUUCGCCAUGGAGGGCAUUGGCACCGUACUCCCGAUCGAGAACUCGAUGCGCCAUCCACAGCGAUUCCUCAAGGCUCGUCCUUGUGGAGUUCUGAACGCCGCCAUGGUGCUGGUCGUGUGCUUAUAUUCGGUCGCCGGAUUUCUUGGAUAUUUGCGUUUCGGUGACGCCACUGACGGCUCGAUCACGCUCAAUCUACCCAACGAUCUGUUCGCCGAGUCGGUGAAAAUCAUGGUGGCGCUGUCCAUACUGUUCUCGUACGGUCUGCAGUUCUGCGUGCCCAGCGAGAUAGUGUGGACCCGCCUGGAGCCGUGGCUGCGCAAGCGUCGGCAAAACGGCAAGUAUUCCGCGGACAGCAAGACGGCGACGUCCUGCGGCGCGCCCGUCAACACCAUCGCCGGUAGCACCAUGUCUACGGCCACAGCGGUUACCACGACCAGCGCCACGUCCGUGGACGAGAAAAAGCAGCUCGAAUUCGAAUCCAACCUGCAGGACAAGCCCAUGGAAGGGGCGUACUACGUGAUGAGGGCCUGCAUGAUCCUGGGAACCGUGUUCAUCGCCGCCCUGGUGCCCGACCUGGCGCCGUUCAUUUCGCUCAUCGGCGCGGUGUUCUUCUCAAUACUGGGCCUGAUGUGUCCGGCCGUCAUCCACCUGGCCGCGUUCUGGAACCACGGCGACGAGGACGGAGAGGACACGGACGACGCGACCGACUCGGAGGACGACUUGGACUUUGACGGCGACUACUACGCGGUGGACGACGACACUGACCUGGAGGCGGUGCAGCGACAGCCACAGCGGAGGAGAAGCAGCGGCCGGUCCACGCGGCGCCGUCGUAAGGGCAUGAGCCGUUGGACCGUGGCCAAGGACGUGGCCAUCGUGUUGAUCGCGCUAAUCGCUCUGGUGUCCGGCACGUACGCGUCGCUCGUGGACAUCGUGGCGUUCUACGGGGCCAGCGGCGAGGGCGGCCAUCACGCGGCCAAAGGCAACGGCACCGCCGUCACUGUCGGCACCACCACCAUCGGCCCGGGCCCGGAAUCAGCGUUCCUGGUAGCGGCGAACGUGGUACCACAAUUAUAGAGCGGCGGACAGAAUUCGGAGGACGGGAAAACAAAACGAUAUACAAUAAGAUAAUAAUAUUAUAAUAUACACCGACCACUGCACCUGAAGUCGUCGUCGCCCGCCCCCGCCCGCCAGCCAGACAGCCCGGCAUGGCUAUAAUGGUUACCUAUAUAUACCUUUAUAUUUUUCAUCACUGUUGUAAUACGCACCUUUCCUGUCUUAUUUUUCAAUCACCUGUGCGCAUUUUUGUCCGAGUCACAACGACGAUUAAUAUUCAUUCUCGAAAACAUUUCUGCCCCUCUCCCCCUCCCCCACUCCCUCCCCAUGUAUACUUAUACUUAUAGACGUCCCUACAUUUUUGAUGUAUUUUUUUAAACUGUCGAUGUAAUUAUUUGGCAAUAACAAUAUCGACACCGCUGCCCAUGUAUAUUAUCUUAUUAUUGCUGUAUUGCCUUUUGUUUUUUACAUUUUUUUUUUCUUUUAUUUAUUAACUAAUCGUGUGUAAGAUAUUAUAUAUAUUAUAAUUCCAGUUUAUUAUUAUUAUUAUUAUUAAUUAUUAUUAUUGUUAGUUGAUAAGCUAGUGUGUAGUCUUACGCGAGCGCAAACAUUUUUUUCCACAUUGUUUUCCGCUUUUAAGCUUCUCUCUAUAUUAUAUUAUUAUUAUUUACAUUAAAAUCAUGACAAUUUCAUUAUUAUUUAUCUUUAGUUUUAAUAUUAUUGAUUUUUUUUAACGUUGUCGGGCUUAAUAUAACAUACGCGUGCAAGUUCACGAGAACAUAUUAUUAUUUUGUAAUAUGAAAUAAAUAAAUUACAUUAGUAUACAUUAUUAUUAUAAUUAUCAUUAAAAUUCAAAAUAUUAUACUACUUUUGCUAUUCGCACAUUAUAAUUUAUUAUUUAUUUCACUGUUGAUUCUUAAGAACGCAAGUAUUCAACAGAAAAUCAUAAAAUACAUUUUGUAAGGUACUCAUAAUACUAUAUACUAUACGAAUCAUAUAUUAUAAAUUUAUAACUGUCAAUUAAAAAAAAAUCGGUUUAUUAUUAUUAUAUCAUUUAUUAUCACAUUGA